UUUGCUUGGUUUGAAACAGAUGAUCUCCAAAGCCUAUUUUUGCGACACCUGCUCAUAAGAUAGUUAUGCAAGUUAAAAUAGACUAAAAAUAAAAGUAACAAACCAAUUACACAAUAAACUAAGAUAGUUUGCCAUGAAGCAGCGGCUGUGACACAGUAAACGUGUCAUCGAGUGUGAGUGAAUGACUCGUGUUCAUCAGCGUAAUAUUACUGCUCCUCGCCGGACUCGAGUUACGCGCGGCGUUUUUAGACGAGACAAGUGUUGCGACAGCAGCAGCAGCAGCAGCGCCGCGAUUCACAUGCACUGACCCAGACCUUUAAACGCAUCUUUUGGAUAGUUUGUGUCUAUUGAUUAUUCACAUUUACCUCAAGACGGUUAUAAUAAGUUCUGCCUGGAGCCGAAGGGACAGUCAUUAUGCUGGGGAGGAAGAAGAAACCAGAGACAGUUCAGACUGAACCCAAAGCGCACGAGUCAAAAACCCACGACCCGCUUCGGAGGCUUGGUGUGCUGGACGAUGAAGAUGUGCAGCUGAUGCUGCAGGGGUCAAAGAUGAUGAAGGUCCGUUCUCAGCGUUGGCGGAAAGACAGGAGCCUGAAGCUUCUGGAGGACUGUGUGACGGUGUGGUGUGAGUCCAGCAAAGCCUCUCGCAAAAGCAAAAAACAGCAGACCUUCUGUGUGACGGAGGUGGAGUGUGUGCGGGAGGGCUGUCAGUCGGAGUGUCUGCGACGAAUGGCAGGUCUGAUCCCAGAGACCCACUGCUUCACUGUGGUCUUCCGCGGAGGAAGGAAAAGCCUGGAUCUGUGCUGCUCUACACAGGAUGAAGCAGACCGCUGGGUUCGAGGCCUCCGCACUCUCAAAGACCGUGUUUCCAAUAUGAGCCAGAAAGAAAAGCUGGACCAUUGGAUUCGAGGCUAUCUGAGAUGUGCGGACCAGAACCAGGAUGGGAAGAUGAGCUACGACGAGGUGAAACAUCUGCUACAGCUGAUCAACAUUGACCUGAGCGAACAGUAUGCACGCACACUCUUUAAGAAGUGUGAUCGCUCGUGUGAUGGCCGGCUGGAUCACGUGGAGAUAGAGGAGUUCUGCCGUGAGCUGAUGCGCAGGCCGGAGCUGGAUGCGGUGUUCAGGCAUUAUUCCGGUAACGGGUGUGUGCUCACCACCUUGGAGCUGAGGGAUUUUCUCGGGGACCAGGGCGAAGACGCAUCACUGGCCCAUGCAAAGACUCUCAUCCACACCUAUGAGCUCAACGAUUGGGCCCGGAAGAAUCUGUUCAUGACCCAGAAUGGUUUCACCAUGUACAUGCUCUCGAAAGAGAAUGAUGUGUUUAACCCGGAUCAUGCUCACGUGUAUCAGGACAUGAGCCGACCGCUGGCGCACUACUACAUCUCUUCUUCUCAUAAUACAUACCUCACCAAAGACCAGGUGACCAGCGCCAGCAGCACCGAGCCUUAUAUCAGAGCUCUGCAUCAGGGCUGUCGCUGUGUUGAGCUGGACUGCUGGGACGGUGAUAAAGGAGAGCCCAUGAUCUACCACGGACACACGCUCACCUCCAAAGUGCUCUUUAAAGAAGUCAUUGAGACCAUCGCUCAGUAUGCCUUCAAGACAUCUCCGUAUCCUCUGAUCUUGUCCCUGGAGAAUCACUGCUCAGUGGAGCAGCAGGCGGUCAUGGCGCAGCACAUUCGCUCUAUUCUGGGAAAGAAGCUCCUGAGAAAGCCGCUCAAUGACCUGCCCCUCAAAGACCUACCCUCACCUGAGGAGUUGAUGGGACGGAUCCUGCUGAAGGGGAAGAAGUUAAGUGGUCUGCUGGGGAAGACUGAAAGCUGGACUAGCUUCUCAUAUAGCUCCGAUGAAGAGUCUACUGCUGGAGGGAGCGGGAACAAAAAGGAAUCUAAAAAAGAUCCUGGGAGGUCUGCGAGCACUAAACUGAGUCCAGAGCUGUCAGAUCUGGUGGUGUACUGUCAGAGUGUGCCCUUCAGUGGUUUCGAGACAGCCAGCCAGAGACCUCCUAGCAUGAUGUCCUCUUUCUCUGAGAACGAGGCGCUCAAAAUCAUCAAAGACUCAGGGAAGCUGUUUGUUCGACACAACAGUCGGCAGCUGAGCAGGGUUUACCCAUCAGGCCAGAGGUUACAGUCCUCCAACUAUGACCCCCAGGACAUGUGGAACGGAGGCUGCCAGAUGGUGGCUCUGAACUUCCAGACCCCAGGAGAGCAGAUGGACCUGAACCAGGGCCGCUUUCUGCCCAACGGCCGCUGCGGAUAUGUGCUCAAGCCUGACUUCCUGUGUCACCCAAAGUCUAACUUUGACCCUGAGAACACAGGUGGAGGACCAGGACAUAUACCCACACAGCUUACCAUACGGGUGAUCUCGGCCCAGCAACUUCCUAAAAUAAACACAGACAAUCCCAACUCCAUUGUGGACCCACAGGUCUGGGUGGAGAUCCAUGGAGUUUCCAUCGAUAAGGCUCGUGCAAAAACCCAGCGCAUUGACAACAAUGGUUUCAACCCUCGUUGGGACUGUACUGUGAGCUUUCAGCUCCAGGUGCCUGAACUUGCCUUGGUGCGUUUUAUGGUGGAAGAUCACGACUACAAAUCCAAAAAUGAUUUCAUUGGCCAGUUCACCCUCCCUUUCACCAGCCUACGGACAGGUUAUCGUCAUGUUCACCUGCUAAAAGCUGACGGCUCCAGUCUGUCUCCUGCCACGCUCUUCAUCCAUGUCAAGGUGGUACGGCGAGGAGUUCCUAUUAAAACCGUUUCUGAGCGGAAAGGCAAGGCCUAAGGCUUCUGUGGUGAUUCCUGGAAAUGUUUAUUUCUGGAAGUACCUUACUGAAGGGCAAGCCCCUGAGCCGGGCUCUCGAGGUGCAGGGACUCUUCAGAAUGAGAGCACAUGAAAAAGCAUGUGACAUUGGACAUACCAGCACAGCAAUCUGCAGAAAGUCAGUGUAGACGUUUUGCUUUUUUAUUGUUCAUUUGUGGUGUUGGCAGCAGAGCAGAACGUCUAACAGUGUCAUAGAAGUGUUACCGUGGAAACUAAAUAUGUUAUGAAGUCAGUAUUGUUUGAAGUUACAAGUCAGUGUUGUUUAUAGAGUCCGUUUCCAUUGAGACUGAUUUCUAUUGAGUCUGUGCGCCUUGAAAUCUGAAAAUGUAAUGCAUUUUAUGAAAAUGUAAUAUUUUAAUUGACCUUAAAACUAGUCUUUACAUGCUGGACAGGAAUUGUACAUGUAGACAGAAAUGAGCUGUCUUUAAUGUUUUAUAGUUGGUGGUCUUGAUAUGCUGAAUACUGACAGCAAGGUGAAGAAAGUGUAAAAAAAAAAAAAAACAUUUUGAAAGCAUAGCAAGUAAAUGUGUGGUUUAGUAAGAGUAAUGACUAUUUUUAUGCAAGUAUGUUUUAACUGAUUCAAACACCAGCUGUGAUUCAGCAGUAUAUUAGUAAUACGAAAUCAGUAAUUAAGUAAUCAGAGUAGUAAGAUACUUAUGAAUAAUAAUAAUAGUAAUAUAUUAAAGCAACACUAUGUAACUUUUUCUCUGUUCAAAAUUAGCUAAAUGUAUAUAAUGAGCGAGUACAUCAUAAAUUCAUCUACCGAAUCGCCUUUUUGUCUUAUCCCAAAUCACUACGGUACAUUUUAAUAAGUGAUUAUUUUUGGACUAUUGUAGCCUGUUCGGGUCGUCACGGCUGCGGAGUAACACAUACCUGCGCGAAUCUCCAUAGACAUAAACUUGGAGAAGUAGCUCCGGUUAGAAUGUUCUUCCGCGGGAUGCGUGCAGUUCUGUUUAUUAACCGCUAGAGCGCCAACAUUGACAUAAUGUUGCUUUAAUACAAUUAAUGUCAGAAAAAUAAAUGUUUUUGAACAGCUACCACUAACGAUGAAAUAUCCAUGUUUAACCAUCUUUGGAACAGAUUUGAUCAUUCAUGUUAAAAGCAAGCACAGAAAAAAUUCAGUGUUUUAGGAUGUUCAAAUUUGGUCAAAUUACACAACUACUCCAAUUCCAAGUUUGUCAAAUCAUGAAAACUUGUGGUUAUUGAUAACUCAUAAGGACUGUGUAUUGUACUAGGCUAUGAUAAUUAAUUUAGUAUAAUAUUAUAAGGCAAUAUAAUGUCAGCUGCUUCUGUAAAGACAUGUUUAAAUGUAGAUUUUCUUUCUGUUUCACACGAGAUAACAGAACAUGUCUUGAUUUUAAUGUCUUACUUGUUUAAACAGUACUGUAUCUGUAUGUUUGUGUAUACGUGCAAACUUCACUCUUUUUCAAAGUUGUAUUGAAAUAGAUAAUCGGUAAUUAGUUAAAUUAA